AUUCAUGUAUGAAUGAGAAGCCUUUCAUCUUAUUGCGUGACUCGGGAAAAGAAAAACAACCAAAAUGGAUCCUCCAAAUGACUUUGAAGCUCUCACCAAGGCUUUCUCAGGAUUUGGAGUUGAUGAGGAUUCCAUGGUAUCGAUCCUAGGAAAGUGGCAUUCGGAGCACUUGGAAUCCUUUAGAAAGAGAACUCCUAAAUUCUUCUUGGAGGAUGAACGUCUUUUUGAGAGGUGGGAUGAUCACCAUAUUGCAUGCUUAACGAAAGAAUUUCUGCUGUUUAAGGAUAUUGUGGUGCAAUGGAUCAUGCAUCCUUGGGAAAGGGAUGUUCGUUUGGUGCAUGAGGCUAUUACUAAGGGUCCUCAAGCAUAUUGUGGUGAAAUCAUAGAAGAAUUUGAUAAGCAAUAUAAAGUUCCUUUAACCCAGAAGAUUGAAGAUGUAGCUCUUGGAAACUAUAAGGAUUUCUUGGUGAGCUUGAUUAGAAGAGUGGCCUAA